AUUUUUAAAUGGGAAGAACACGGAGAACGGAGGAGUAUGUUUCUUUUCUCGGUGAAAAGGAGGAAGUUUGUUCGGGGUUAGAAAGCUCAACAUUCCCUUCAGUAAAACUGGUAAACCCAAAAUCAGCCUAACACACAUAGAGAGAUGGAAAUUCAGGUGGUGGAGGGCAGCGGCAGCGGAGGUGGAAGCGGCGGAGCAGCGUACAAAUUGAAGCCAACUCCGUACCAUAAAGAAGAUAUACUCUUUUGCAUAGACAUUGACACGGAAAGUAUGUCAGAAAUGAAGAACACCGGACCAAAUGGACGACCUAUCACCAGACUUGAUUCAAUAAAACAAUCCAUCCUUUUAUUCAUCCACGCCAAACUCACAAUAAAUCCUGAUCAUCGAUUCGCCUUCGCCUCUCUCUCAAAUUCAGCUGCUUGGGUGCGAAAAGAAUUCAGUAGUGAAGUUGAUUCUGCAAUUGCUGCUUUUCGGGGUUUGUCAGUAAGCUCAUCAGGGGGUCAUGCAGACCUUACCCAGCUAUUUCGGGUUGCAGCUCAUGAAGCAAAAAAAUCUAAGUCUCAGAAUCGAAUAUUAAGAGUGAUCUUAUUGUAUUGCCGUUCAUCAGUACAACCACGAUUUCAAUGGGCUGCGAACCAAAAGCUUUUCACACUGGAUGUGAUAUACCUUCAUGACAAACCAGGACCUGAGAAUUGCCCCCAGAAAGUGUACGAUGCUCUUGUAGAAGCACUAGAACAGGUUACAGAGUAUGAGGGCUACAUCUUUGAAAGUGGUCAGGGUCUCCAACGCAUUCUUUUCCGUCACAUGUGCUUGCUUUUGUCACACCCUCAGCAACGUUGUUUGCAAGACGACCUUGGUUUACCCAUGGCCCUUACUAAGAAAUUGCCGGCAACUGACUCUUCUCCGGGCGAAGAUGCCAUAACUGUAAUCAGCCAAUGAGAAUGUUGAUGGAUUUGGAUGCUUUCUCCUUGUCUAUGUUUCUAAUUAAGUUAGCCUUUUGUAAAUCUGGAGAUUUUAUUCAGCAAGGGGUAAUUUGUAAUUUCCUUCUUAAGAGUGACAUAAACUUGGUAGGUGUAGGUUAUAUUUAUGUGAAUGAGUCCUUUAGUUAAUUAGCCCAUAGCUAUGGACUGAAGCUCGAUGUCUUGGAAAGUGAUUGCGAACUACUUGUCAAGCAUAUAUCAAACUUGAAGAUAUUCUCUCUUUUUGUAA